GGCCACCCGCGCCCGUGCACACGCCACGCGGGCGGGCGCCGCGCCCUGCCCCGGUCGCGGCCAGGGGCGAUGGCCAGGCCGAGCACGGCCCUCCUCUGCGCUCUCGCUGGGGCGCAGCUCGCGCGGUGCUCCUCCGAGGUGGAGCAGGCGCAGCUGCGCGAGCCACUCCCGCCCGCGGGACAGUGGCCGGCAGGCGGCCAGCAGUGGCCGGCGAGUGGCCAGGGAUGGACAGCCAGUGGCGGGUCUAUGGCUGCGGUUGACGGCGACGGAGGGGAAGAGCGUCGAUAUCUGGAAUCUGACGGAGAAGCAGCCCCAGCCCGCUACCUGACUGAACUCUAUUGUCCAGCGGAGGUUGGCUACAGCAAGAAUUACGACGGGUACACGUACAGAACGCUGACGGGGUUUGCCAGAGACAAUACGGCAACCGACUGCGACGACUCUUAUGCGGCGCUACCGUCUGGCUACGAGCUAGCUCCGUACUCCGAGGACGUGCUCACCAAUGUCGUGAGGCCCUACCCCUGGGGCACGCACCUCAUAUGUUUUCCGGAGUACAACGGCUUCCACACGUCUUACGCCCCCCCGACAAUUACGGGAGCGACUAUCCGACGUGUGAGGUGCUCGUCUCGGGGUCGACCUACAAGGUCAGCGUCUGUUCGGGGGCCGUGCUGGUGCGGCAGUUGUGCGCUCCGACCUCGGCGCCCACACCAGCACCAACGCCGCCACCGACGCUGGCACCGACGCCAGCGCCAACUCCCUCACCAACGCCAGCGCCUAUGUCCGCACCAACAUCAGAGCCGACCCUGGCGCCGACCCCAGCGCCCACGCUGAAGCCUGAGGCGCCGACGGACUCGCCAAGCACGAGCGCCACGAUCGCGUCAACCACGAGCACGCUCCCGGAAGCCACCGCGACCAUGACGACCGCUAUGACGACCACCGCCAGCGCGACCACGACGACCAUAAAGAUGGAGGCAUCAUCGACGUGGGGGAAGGGGAAGGCCGAGAGCACGGCCACGGCCACAUUCACGGCCGCGACCACGGCGACGGAGACAUCCACGACCAUGGUCACGGGCACGGUUCUGGCCACUGCCUCGACCACGGGCAACUCCACGGAGCUGGCAGCGCUGUCGGACAUCGCAAAGGCUGAGGACAUGGCUGCCCUCCAGCUUCUCGCGUCGAACUUGUCGAGCAUAACGACGACGAUCGGCGGAAUAGAGGUCACCGUCGCCAAGGCCAGCGUGGCCGAUGCCGUCGACGGCUUUCUCUCGCUGCCAGGCGUGAGCGCAGCGACGGGCGUGGACAUCAGUCUGCCCACGUCACUGUUCGCCGCACUCGGGGUGGACAGCGCGGUGAUCGUGGCCGCAAACCUGCCCGCGUCGGCCGUGCCCGCGGGCGCAGCGGGCACGACGGUGGAGGGCGCGAUCAGCAUCUCCCUGAAGUCCGGCAGCGACGGCGCAACGCUGUCAGUGACGGGCCUCGUCGAUCCGAUCCUCAUCGACCUGCCGAAUGUGAGCAGCGGCCUCUCGUGCGCCUAUUUCGACGAGGAUGCCAUGGAGUGGACCUCCGAGGGGCUAACCACCGUGCUCGGCCCGGGCAGCACGCUUCGGUGCGCAUCCACGCACCUCACCCUCUUCGGGGCCAUCCUGAAGGGCUUCCUCAGCACGCUCGAGUGCAGCCAGGCCAACCUGCUGUCGGCGGAGGCAUACGAGCAGGUCUGGGCGGGCGACUGGUCGGACUCCUUGGGCUCCGUGCUACUCUACGUCGGGGUAUUUCUGUUCCUCACUAUGCUGCUGACGGCGCACGUGUUUGAUGUCCGGGACGAGAGGGCAGGCCACUGGGGCACCAAGGAGUUCAUUGUUCCCGAGCCGGUUGUUGCCCCCCCGCCCGUCGAGGAGGAGGCCGUCGCGGGUGAGCCCAUAACAUCGGUCGUCAGUGACCGCACCCCGGGGGCCACCGCUGUGUCUCCCGACCGCGCCGUGACGAGAAAGCGAACGGGGUCCACCGUCAUGACCGCGGUGCUGUCGCUCAAGGCCGCGAGCAUUGGCACCCACGAGGGCGCGAAAGAGUCCUGCACGGGCAUGCUGCAGGACACUGUCGUAGAGAUCUUCAGCAGCCUCACCAAGUGCGCCGCUGGCGUCCAGGCAGCGGUGGAGGUGCUCGUGGUCUUCUCGUGGGACCUCCUCAGUGGCAACGUCAGCCUGGCGGACGUCAAGAGGAUGCUGGCCGAGCGGAGCGCGACGCACCAGGUGUGCGCGACGCUGCUCAUGCACGAGGACGACGUGGAGUUCCUGCUCAGCCCAGAGGUCCAGAGGGAGCUGGAGGCACCCGCGCCGGGCGAGCUGGACGACGACGGGGCCCCGCUGCGCACCCUCGCUGGCUCCGCCGCGGAGGCCGGCGGCGACGAGGCCCGGCGGCGGCACGACAUGCUGGCGGAGAUGGUCGACAGGGUCCAGGCGGCCCGGCGGCGCGCCCUGCAGGGGCGCCGCUCGUGGUGCCAUGCGGCCCGCGUGGUGGCGCUCUCCUUCGCCAUCAGCUGCCCCGUCGGGGCGGUGCUCGUGCGCAGCAUCGUCAUGCGGAGGUCCAUGAGGGCGCUGCUGCUCGGCUGCGAGCUGCUGGGGGCCGUGAUGAUCGCCACGCUCUUCUUCGCGGCCUCGGGGGGGGCCCUGGCGAAGGGCGCCCCCAAGGAUCGGGGUGCAACGCGGAGUGCGAGGACGACGACUGCCUGUGGCAGGCCUUUGGGCAGCUGAUCGCCGUCGGGGUGGUCUCCGCGCUCCUGGCGAGCGUCCCGCUGGCGAUCAUACGGCUGGCGCACCAGCGCCACUUUGCGCGAGUGCCCGCGGAGGGGAGCCGUGAGUGGAAGCUGCAGAGGUGGCGCAGGCGGGACGCCUUCAUCUACGUGGUGGGUACGCUGUACAGCCUGUUCGCCAUCAACUACGUCGUCCUCUUUUUCGCGAACGUCUCCACGGAGGAAGGGACCAGCUGGACCUGGUCAGCUCCGCUGGCGUCUCCUUCGCUCAGGAUCUCGUCCUCGGCCCGGCGCUGUGGUCCCUGGCGGCGGUGGGCGCGGCGCUGUGCCUGUGAGAAGCUGCCUUCUCCUCCUCCUGAUCCUCCGCUUCCUCCUUUUCCACUCGCCUCUCCCGUUCUUCGGCAGACCAUGGCACGCCGUCCUACUCCUGCUCCUCGGGCCAACUGUUUCGAGGAAGUCGCACGGACUUUUUUGUUGUUGCCCCAGGUCCUAUUCCCCUAUUAGCUCCCGUGCUCGCGCACGCCUGUCACCCAUCGUUGGAUCGCCCUCUGCGGCGCUGACAGCUCGCUCCUUCGUUCCGCCAGCUACUUGUUUCUGCUCGCCACGCCCGGCCAGCCCGUGCCCUCGCUCUCUUUAUGUGCGCCCGCGGGCGCGCCGGGGGUGCGCAGGCCUCUGCCAAGCCACACGCGCAGGCGGGGGCCUGCUGGUCCACCACAACCCCCCUCCCGAGCCUCCUCCGCCACCCUCGGCUGCACGUAAGAGUGACCCUUCUUUGGACGGGGC